CGCUACUGACAUCCAAGAUAAAGCCGAAGGAGCGUCACCGGCCAGUACCGGAACCGGUCAUAUUCUAGGUCUCGGGAACACGCCCACCAGUCAACAGAAUCAAGCUGGGAAGGCGUCUCCCCGAGUGAGUCGUGGGAGGACGAGGACGAAGAUCUUGCAGACGACGACGAUCUUGACCCAUCAGAUUCCGCGUCUGGUUACGGUCCCCCGAGGCAGACCCGUGGUUACCCCAAGCCCCCCUAUCGGGCUGCUCAUCAGCAGUCUAUGACUUACGCAGGAAAUCAGUAUCAUCAACCGCCAGCGGACAGCCUUGAUUCCUCGGACGACUAUACUUACGCUCAGGGCCGCGGAGGUCCUUAUGCUCCGCCUACAAACAUGAGUCACUAUUACGGAAGAGGUGGCCACCAAGGACACCAGGGAGGGUAUCCCCAGAGUCCUGCUGGUGGUUACGGACAGGGUGGUUACGGCCAUCAAUCCAUGGUACCGUACGGGCCAGGUGGCGGGCCAGGUGGCGGGCCCAAUGGCUACAACAAUCCCUUUGCUCCUGGCGGAGGUCCCGGUGGCGCAUACUUCAACGGCGACCAUAGAGGAGGCUGGGGCAACGAGAUGGCCCCCUAUGGUCCUAGCCAUAACCAGCACUACUUCAAUCACCCCCAGUACCCGGUGCCGCCGGCCAUGCAGGCGUACCACCAGUGGACUCCUCCCCCACCAGCGACAGAGCUUGCGGUGCGGACGAAAACGCCUGCCGCGGUUGAACCGCCACCGCCUGAUCCGGAAAAGGAAGCCAUGAAGGCGAGAUUGGCCGCGAUCGAGGCGGAAAAGGAGAAGGCUCUUGCGGAGGCCAAGCAGAAGGAGCUCGAGGCCAAGAUUCGCAAGGAGGCCGAGGAUGCCCUUCAAGCGAGAUUAGCCGCUAUCCGCAAAGAGGAGGAAGUACGAGCUGAAGAGAGGAAAGCAGCACUUGAGAGGGCGAAGAAGGAGAUCGAGGACGCGAGAAGGGAUGCCGAGCGAGCAGCGAGGGACGCAAUCGAGGCAGAGCGCCGAGCCGAAGCCGAUCGCAAGGAGCGCGAGGCCGCAGCCAUCGCGCGGGCUGAGCAAAAUGCUCGCGACAAGAUGGAAGCGGAGCGCAAGGCACAGGAAGAGCGCGACAAGAAAGCUGCCGAGGCUGCCGCCGCUGCGGAAUUGGCCGCCAAGAUCAAGCUGGAAGCCGCAUUGAAAGCUGCUGAGGAGGCGAAGGCGCAAGCCGCUGAAGCUGCCAAGGCUGCUGAGGCGGCGGCACAAGCCAGAGUCGAGGCCAAACUACGAGCCGAGGCAGAGGCCAAGGCUGCCGCGGAAGCCAAAGUCAAGGAAGAGGAGGAAUUCAAGAAGCGACUGGCUGAAGAAGCCACACUCAAGGCCGAAAUCGCUGCCCGCAAGAAGCUUGAAGAAGAGGCGGCCAAGGCCGCCGCAGACAAGGCGGCCGAGGAAGCCAAGAAGAAGGCAGAUGAGGCGUUCAAGAAACAAGCCCUAGAGGAGGCCAAGAUCAAGGCGGAGGAGGCGAACAAGAAGUCGCUUGGGAAGGAUAAGGCACCUAUCAAAUUCAAGGACGCUGUGGGACGCAAAUUCAACUUCCCAUUCCACCUCUGCCAGACAUGGGCGGGCAUGGAGGAACUCAUCAAGCAAGCCUUUGUCCAUGUUGAUGGCAUUGGCAGGCAGGUUCAACAGGGCCACUAUGAUCUCAUUGGUCCCGACGGCGAGAUCAUCCUCCCAGCUGUAUGGGAGAAGGUGGUGGAGCCAGACUGGAGCAUCACGAUGCAGAUGUGGCCGAUGGAACGACCUGCGGCAGCACAAAUGGUCGGACCAGAUGGCAGACCGCUGCCGCCGCAUAUAGUCGAGCAGCUGCGGCGACGCCAGCAAGCAGCUGCUGGUCAACGGCCGGGCAUGCGUCCUGGCGGCCCACCUGGUGCCCCCAUGGCAGGCGGACCUCCACCCCCGCCACAUGGAUAUGCUCCUGGCGGACCGCCUCACCCGAUGAGCCGACCGGGUAUGACGCCAGGCGUCGUGCCCGUGAAAGAAAAGAAGGGUCACAAAUCCAAGAGCAGCGGAGCCGUGUUUGGGAGCUUCUUUGGCCCCAGCAAGCCAGUCAAGAAGAAAGGCAAAAAAUGAUGGACCAUUUCGAAUCAUCAUGCAUCAUUUCAUCGCACCAAGCUUUAUAUGAGCAUCUAAUCAGCACUGCUUUUGCUAGAGUCGUCUGAACGAUUCCGCAUCAAAUGCUUCAUAGCGCUGUUC